AUGAGAGAAAUUAUUCACUUGCAGACAGGUCAAUGUGGCAAUCAGAUCGGUCAAGCUUUCUGGGAAGCUAUUUCUGCUGAACACGGAUUAGACCCUAGCGGUGCUUACACUGGAAACAAUGACUUACAGCUCGAACGUAUCGACGUGUAUUAUAAUGAGGGUAUGGGUGGUAAAUAUGUACCAAGAGCUAUAUUGAUAGAUCUCGAACCGGUCACAAUGGACUCGAUCCGAUCUAGCGCAUACGGUCAGCUUUUCCGUCCUGAUAAUUUUAUCUUUGGCCAAUCAGGCGCUGGAAAUAACUGGGCUAAAGGCUACUAUACCGAAGGUGCAGAGUUGGUCGACGCUAUUCUCGACGUCCUUCGCAAGGAAGCCGAAUCUACCGACUGUCUCCAAGGAUUUCAAGUGACACACUCCCUUGGUGGCGGUACGGGUUCAGGUCUAGGUUCGCUUUUGCUCUCAAAGAUCAGGGAAGAAUACCCGGAUAGGAUGUUGUGUACAUUCUCGGUGGUGCCUAGUCCUAAAGUAUCUGAUACAGUAGUUGAGCCUUACAAUGCUGUAUUGUCGGUACAUCAACUGGUUGAAAACAGCGACGAGACUUUCUGUAUCGAUAAUGAAGCUUUAUAUGAUAUCUGUUUCCGUACAUUGAAGUUGUCUAAUCCGAGUUAUGGUGAUUUAAAUCAUUUGGUUUCUUCGGUCAUGAGUGGUAUUACUACAUGUUUGAGAUUCCCCGGACAAUUGAACAGUGAUCUGAGGAAAUUAGCUGUGAAUAUGGUUCCAUUCCCUCGUCUUCACUUCUUCAUGGUUGGCUUUGCCCCUUUAACUUCAAGAAAUUCAACUGCCUUCCGAGCACUCACCGUACCCGAACUAACUGCACAAAUGUUCGAUGCCCGUAACAUGAUGGCUGCUUCUGAUCCACGCCAUGGACGAUACCUCACCGUGGCUACAAUCUUCCGGGGUCGUCUAUCCACAAAGGAAAUCGAGCAGCAAAUGCACGAUGUUCAGACAAAGAACUCAUCCUUCUUUGUCGAAUGGAUUCCGAGUAACGUCAAGACUGCUGUGUGUGAUAUCCCCCCGGUCGGAUUGACAAUGUCGGGAACCUUUAUAGGAAACAGUACAGCAAUCCAAGAGUUAUUUAAGAGAAUAAAUACGCAGUUUACCGCUAUGUUUAGGAGGAAGGCUUUCUUGCAUUGGUAUACCGGUGAAGGGAUGGAUGAGAUGGAGUUUACCGAGGCCGAGUCGAAUAUGAAUGAUUUGGUUUCAGAAUAUCAGCAAUAUCAAGACGCUGCAGUCGAAGAUGAUGAAGAUGUUAAUUACGAGGGCGAGGAAUACGCCGAAGAAGUAGAAGAAUAA